GUUUGGGGUAGUCUAUACACAACAGCUGAUAAUGUAAACAACACUCUUGAAGAAGGUUGUUUAUCAUCUCAGGUGUUGACAAGGUUUGUGUUGACAGUUAUAAUGCUGAUGUUACCUGGGAGAACUUUCCUUACCAGAGUGUCAGUUAUCAGGUGUUGGAAUUAUUGGAUACAAAUACAAGGAUUACACUCCAGAGAAAGAGAUUACUCUCAAUACUUUGAAGAACUUGGCCUUCAGAAUAACUGUGACCAAGGAACUGUACGGGAUGUGUUUAUCAAACUGGCCAAAAAGUUCCAUCCUGACAGUGGACAACCACAAGCUGAUGGUGCAAAGUUUCAACAGAUAGAGCGAGCUUACCGUAAACUGCUGGAGAAAUUUAGUGAUGACCGAAGAAAUCACAAUAACUGUGAAGGAGAAUAUGGACUUUAUUAUGAUAAGAGGAGGAGGAUGGAAACAAAAGAAGAAGAAGAAGAUGAAAAUGCAGAAAAAAUAUUUGACAUUAAUCACACAGCUCCACAGCACCGGCAGUAUCUGAACUACGAGGGAAUUGGAAUGGGUACACCAUCUCAACGACAGAAGCAGUACACAAGCUACCAGGCUCUGAGAGCCUCAACCAAUGUUGUAGAUUACAGAAUACAGAAACUGUCAUCACAGUAUCCAGAAACUGCACUGGUUGACAAAGACAGAGUUGCUGCAAAGAAGAUUCGUACUCG